AUGGCACCGAAGCUCGCGAUAUUUUUCUUUCUCACCUUUACAUUGAUCCACCGGGUCCUUCUCGGCAAGUCAAAACAAGUGGGAGAAAACGUGGGCUCUCAAAAAGAGGAGGCACACCAACAGCCGUUAAUGAGGCAACAUUGCACAACUUCCAAGAGGCAAUUGCGUGAGAGACAAAUGAUUGGUCGACGGAGCUCUCAGCUUGGCUCGACUGUUUGCUUGUUCGAGCUCCAAUCGGCACGGCACAGUAAGGCAAUAGGGAGCCUCGAUUUAGGACGCAACUGCGUCACCCAUAAUAAGCCGCAGUUGCUCCUUCGCGGCCCUGGUAUCCAAGCUAUCGCAACUAAAUUUGCCCAUGUCCGGGACAAGGAGCAGAUAAACUCUGGCCAUUUUAGUUAUUUCCACUUGCGCAAGUAG